AUGGACGAUGACGACUUCGGCGGCUUUGAGGCUGCAGAAACCUUUGAUGGUGAACACAGUGGAAACCAAGCAAUGUCCCCUGCUGUCCCCUGGGCCACCUUUCCUGCAGUAUCCGGAGUGCGUCUCUCAUCAGCUUCUCCGGAGCUCAUUCUGGACCAUGACCACUCGUCUCCGUCCUCUGGCCGCCUCCCUUCCGAUGCUAUCAUCUCCUCACCAGAUGACACGCGUGCAGACAGCAGCCUCGUGAGUCAGAUCAUCCCCAAGGCUCAGAUCCAGCAGUCAGCGCACACACAUCGGACUAUCCCGCUUUUCCGGCUUGGCUUGAUGGAUGAGACGAGCCAUGGAGCGAUUUCACUGGAGGACGACCCUGAGGGUCCCGGAGCCAACGUGUCCAGCUCACAGCUCCAGCAAAAAAUAUCAAGUCUGGAGACCAAACUCAAAGCCUCUGAAGAAGAAAAACAGAGAAUUAAAAAGGAUGUGGACUCACUGAUGGAGAAGCACAGCGUCCUGGAGAAGGACUUCCUGAAGGAGAAGGAGCAGGAUGCCCUGUCCUUUCAAGCCAGAUACCGCGAGCUUCAGGAAAAGCAUAAGCAAGAACUGGAAGACAUGAGGAAGGCUGGGCACGAGGCACUGAGCAUUAUUGUGGAUGAGUAUAAGGCACUUCUACAGUCUUCAGUUAAGCAGCAGCUAGAUGCCAUCAAGAAACAGUACGUGUCUGCAAUCGAGAAACAGGCUCACAGGUGUGAGGAGCUGCUCCACGCUCAGCUUCACAAGGUCGCAGAAGCAAAGAGAUUGCCGAGUGCUUCAGAGUCUGAGUGA